AUGGCCAAAAAGGCGCGUCAGAGGAUAAGCUAUGUUCUUGAACUUGACCAUUCGUCAUCCGGCGGCCAUAGACUCGGUGUAAACGGCCUUGCAGUAGACCGAGACAACGCUAUCCUCUACUCGGGAGGCAGAGAUGGAGUUAUCUGCGCCUGGGAUCUGAACCUUGAUCUAAACGGUUAUUCGGAUCGAGGGCGUGCGUCUAGCCAAAAUGCAAAACACCAACAGACUACCAAAUUCCGCGCAUCGACCCAAGCUCACACACACUGGGUCAAUGACAUCGUUCUCGCUUCCAACAAUUCCGCCCUCGUCUCUGCAUCUUCCGAUCUGACUGUAAAAGUAUGGCGACCCGAACUUGGGGAUACCGAACCCCACACCAUCGGCCAACAUGCAGACUACGUCAAGUGUGUUGCGACACCAAGUUCCGCAGACUGGGUCGCAUCUGGUGGCCUUGAUAGAAAGAUAUAUCUCUGGGACCUCAAUGGCAAGGGGAAGUCCCUGGAAAUCGACGUUAGAGGCGAAGAUGUCAGCGAAAAGGCUUCCGUAUAUGCUAUGUGCGUCAGCCAGAAUAUUCUAGCCAGCGGGGGCCCGGAGUCAAUAGUACGGUUAUGGGACCCCAAGUCGGGGAAGAGGAUCACCAAGCUGGUUGGCCAUACCGAUAAUAUCCGUGCUAUAUUAAUGAACGAGGCCGGCGACACCGUCAUGACCGCUAGCUCCGACCAGACCGUCAAAGUGUGGAGCGUCACCGCCGGCAGGUGCAUGUAUACGCUUACUAUGCACAACGAUAGUGUCUGGUCGCUAUUUUCUGAAGAUCCCGAGCUGGCUGUUUUCUACAGUAGCGACCGGUCUGGCCUUAUUGUCAAGACGGACACUAGAGGGACCGUGGAGAUGGACGAAGGCCUAUCAGUGGCCGUAGCUCAGGAACACGAUGGGGUCAACAAACUAGUGGCUUGUGAGGACUACAUAUGGUCGGCUACCUCGAGCUCUUCUAUUAAUAGGUGGACGAAUGUUGAUACCGGCAUCGAUGCUCUGCUCCCAGAGGCGUUCAGACACUUGCGGGCUAUUAAUACAGUUUCGAGAUCGAGAAAGUCUUCUGCGGCAUCUGCAGACGGACAAGGAAAAAACGAAAUUCCGGCUAAGGCGGUCUUACGAAUAUCCAACACUGCAGCUUUCCCGCCGGAACUCAACGAUACUUCUGAGCCCAAUUUGAUGACUAGCGCGGCGUCUAAAAAAGGCUCGGAGGUUCAUGAUGACACCGUUGUCCCUGAAAUUGAGCCUAUACAUCACUUACCGGAAGAAACCAUCGAAGGGCAAAAUGGAUUGGUGAAACAUAGACUCCUUAACGACCGACGACGAGUAUUGACUCUUGACACUGCUGGUGAUGUAUUGCUGUGGGAUCUGAUUAAGUGCGAAGUUAUUCAAAGAUUCGGAAAGAAACAUCUUGAGGAUGUUGAACCUGAAGUAAAUACUUUGGAAGCUGUUGCUCCUUGGUGUUCAAUCGAGACAAGUUCUGGCAACUUGACUGUCAUACUGGAGCCUUUUAAUUGUUUUGAUGCUGAAAUGUAUGCCGAUGAGCUUAUUUUGAUAGAGCCCGUCGAAUUCCGAGAGGAUCAGAGAAUAAACCUUGGGAGGUGGAUUCUUCGAUAUUUGUUUGCGAAGUUAAUCGACGAGGAAAUCAAGCGAGAUGAGAUCUAUAGAUUGCAACUCAAUGAGGGCGUGGAGAAACGUCAGACAGCUUCUCGGCUAAACCCGCCGAUAUCAAUAACUAUACCUACCUCGAACACGCAAGGGUGGCAACCCAGCGAUUCUCCAGCGACAACCCCAAGAGCGAACGGAAUUAGUCACCCAUUAAGCCCUGGGUUGGCAAUUGGCGUAGCUACUCCGGCUACCAACUUGGCGGUAGGGGGUUUCGAGAAUACAGCUGUACCUGCCAGUCCUCUUGAAAAGCCAUCUCAGCAGGUGAACCGAUCGUCUAGUGAAGACUACUUCUCUAGCGGCAUCAGCUCAGCAGACGCCCCUGCAAAAGCGGUGACGACCCCGGGCGCGGCGGAGCAGGCACCUGCUAAAGAAGAAACAUCAAGGUCUCCGGUAGAGACUAAAGAUAAGGAGAAGGAUGUUAAAUCUCCCAGUACGCCCUUCAGCAAGAAAUUCCGAAUGGGCAUGUCUUUCGGGAGUAAGAAACUGGGAAGAUCAGCAUCUACUAACAUCGAGAAACCUACCGUUACGGAAGAUAAGACAGAAGAGAAUAAGUCGGAAUCAUCCUCAAACCACGAAAAAGAGAUUGACGAUAAUCUCCGCGGUGUUGUCCAAAAGAUCCACAACGACUAUGAGAAGCAGCUGUUAGAGACCCCGAAUAGCCCGAUCGAGACCAAGAUAACGCCGGCUCUCCCCAUUGAUGCACCGGUACUUAAGCUCCCGCCUGGUACAAAGGUUAUCAUCCAAGAAGAGACAUCAGGCGGUAGUGCCAACUUGUAUAGGGGCACGGUGAUGAGUGUCGGCGUUGACGCAGAUAUCAUCGAAGAGAAAGCUCCGAUGUGGUUGGGCGAAGUCCUACUUACAAACACGAUUCCGCAGAAAGAGCCGGUUAAGGUCUCGUUCGUACUGCACCCUUGGAAGGAUUCGUUACCUAGUAUUGCGACCACGGAUGGAAACAACCGUCUCAAUGCGAAUAGAAUGUUAAGGGUAAAGAAAAUCCUGGCCUAUGUGGCUGAGAGGAUCGACCCGCAGCCCGAAGAGCUCGAGCCCGACGCCCUCAAACCUGAGGAAUACUUGGAAUUGUAUUGCAACGAUCAGCUACUACCAAACACCAUGAGCCUUGCAACACUGCGAGCCCACAUAUGGAAGGGAGGUAACGACGUAGUUUUGUAUUAUAAGGCGAAUGGCCGCAAGGAGAUUCCGAAAGAGCUCCCACAACCGACACUUGAUGACCCCGCGGUAUCCGAUCCUGGAGGGCAACAAAUGCCACCCAUAGCUACCGUAAGUUGA